AAAUAACUCCUGUAAUCAAGUCUGUUUGUAACGACCAUUCACCCAUCAAUUCAUCUUGGACCUCUUUGAUCCCAAGAGAGGUACACUACCCCUAGCAUUUUUGAGAAACAUCUAGUUUUCUUGUCAAUUCCCCCCGCCCCGCUUCGUCUAGACGUUUUCAUCAAUCGGCGCCACAAACAAAACUCAUCCGGUGUUUGAUCUUCUCAGUAACCGUCACCCCUCCUCUCCCUGUCCUAUUAAAAAUCUGGGAGAUCCGAGUACCGAUCCACCACCAUCUCCAUAGAUUGCCACUCUUGUUCCAUGAACACAGACAAGUCGGUAGACCAUUUCUCUCCAUGCAAUCAACAGAAACGUCAAUCGUCCCUUUCCGGUUACCCUCUGAAUUCUAAACGACAACCAAACCCUCUACAAUUGCCCAUGGGAAUUAGCGGUCCCGAUCAAUCCCAACCACAUAAUCUCAGUACUGCAGCCCUGUCUCCGCGUCUCAACAAUAUCAUGCGUAACAACAUCAGACGUAAUCUCAUACAACAACAGCAACAGCAGCAGUUGUCUCAACAACAACUCCCGUUUGCCAAUCAAACACCAACUCCUUCUGCAUAUGGUGUCCCCUCUUCUCCGGGAAUCCAAGCUCCUGCGUCGUCAUCUCAGUUAAACAACUCGGAACUGCCUGAUUCGAACGAUGAUACCACUCCUUACAAUAAGGGAGCCUCCCCAUCUCAAACAGGUUCAGCUACCCCAUCAACAAAUGCUGCAUCUACAACUACAACUACUGCCACAGCUGCUGGAUCUUCAUCAACGCGUACCAUGCUGGAUGAAGAACAACAACUUGCCACCAAAUUAAAGGAGACAUACAAAAACAUUGUCAAUUAUGAAGAAGUUGUACAAAAGAGCUGUCUUGAUCUUACUGCCAAAAUCAACGCCGUUUCAUCGACUGGUGGUUCUGUCACGUCCCAUUCACAUCCUUCAACAUAUCUUAACAAUGCCCCCACUACAACAACAACAACUAUGUCUGGGGUAAAUACCACCACCACCACCACCACCACCACCACCUCAAGCACCACGGGAUCGAUGGGUGGAAUCAACACAACAAGAACGUCGGAACUAUCAAACGAUCUCUGGACUGUGUACCAUCAUAACAUCACUCUCUUGGAUAACUAUUACGAUUUCCUUGUCACUGCCCUCAAACCUUCCUCAAAUCAAACACACUUCAAGACCGGGAAAAACAUUGUUGAUCUUUAUAAAAUCCCUCGUAGAAUGUGGGUCUAUGGGAUUGUUGGAUUUCUUGAAGUUCUCAAGAAUAUCAUGAACAUUUUCCAAGAUCAUGAGAUUUGUCUGUGUUUUAUUUCAUAUUGUUUCAAUAUCAUUUCCAAUUUGACAGAUCCAGUAUUGGAAAUGGAAGGCUGGUGGGCAGAAAAAUUGGGAGAUUUGAGUCGUAUGGCCAUUGCUCUUUAUCUGUCACGUUUCAUUGAUUGGAAGAUUUCAGCUGAGCAUUGGUAUCAAGUUGCCAUGAAGACCUUGUAUGGCCACGGGAAGAUCUAUUAUCACAUGUGUACCGUGCAACAGGACAACUUGGAUGCAUUGGUCAACAUUGGGAAAUCUGUAUUUUGUCAUGAUCCAUUUGUACCAACUCUGCAAUAUUUAAGACUUGUGGUGGAGAACAUUUGUACACAACGGAAUAUAUUAUCCUUAUUGGAAUUACCUCUGAUUGAUUUCAUCAAGAUCCAUAAAGUAUUAUUGAGUAUCUAUCCUGGUUCUACAUCUUCUUCCUCGUCAGUUGGAUCCUCUGGUAUACAUGAUACUCAACUUCAAUAUGGAAUUGAUUUAGUGACUAGAUAUGGACUUACAUUUGGAUCUGAUCCAAAUGGUUAUAAUUUCUUCACCAAGGAAUUGUACGCCCCACAGGGGGUUGCCAUAAAUGAUCCGCAUCAUCCGUAUUAUUUGCAAAAUCAGAAUGGAGGUGGUCAGCCAAACCCGGCCACUACUAUCCACCAACAGCAGCAUUUGCAUCAACAUCAUCAACAAUUGGGGGUGAAUAACACUGCCGCAGCGGCUGCCGUUGCGGCUGCCACAGCUGCUGCUAAUACAAAUAACCUUGAAAAAUUGAAUUUUUGGUUUAAUAAAGGUCCACUUUUCGCCAUUGCCAAUAUUAAUCAUUUAGUUGGACUUGGAGAUGCAAGAAAUCCAUUUGCUAAAUUAUUUGAACUUCCAGAAGCACUCAAGGAAAGAAAAGAUAAAAAGGAUAGAAAGAGAAAGUCAAGAACUUCAUCAUCUGCCUAUGAAGAUUCUGCCAGUGGGGCAGGAGGUAUUUCUGCCGGAGGAGUUGAUGGCCAAACGAUCACGGCAUCUGAUCUUUCCACCAAUGAUUGGUUUGUAUGUCUUCAAUACAUUAAUCGAUCUGUAUUGGAACUUUCAAUCCGGAUUCUUAAUAAUUAUCUUGUUGGGCCGAAACAAGCACUGACGUGUCAUGUCAUUGUAUGGCUCUAUUUCCUAGUGAGUGUUGGUGAAGCAACCAACAAGUACCCCAAUUCGAAAACUAUGAUGAUGUGGAUCAUUCGUAAGUUUUUACCAUGGACUUCGAUGAUUAAGUAUUUAAAUUCGAUCCUUCAAGUAACCAAAAACAGUUUAAAACUCAAGGGUAUGGUUCGUGAUUACUUAACUUAUCAUCCAAAUUAUCUUCAAAAUUUUAAUGAAACAGAAUUUUUACCUGAAGUAUGGAAAUGUUGGGGUACUUUAUGGUUUGAUUUCAUUGCUGGAAAAGUUGAUUAUACCAAUAUGAAAGCGGCAGGAGUUUCUAAUGAAAAUUUAUUUGAUUUACCUAUUUGUGGAACCUCACCAAUCAUCAAUGUUGGGGGAACUUCUUCAUCGGGGCCAACUGGAAGUAAUAGUACUAGAAGUCAACAAGAGGAACAUAAUGAUGAGAGAAUCGUUAGAAUUGUACUUUUGGCUAGAUACAUUGCCGAUACGUAUGACUUCGGCUUGGUACGGAAAGAUGAUGAGUUUCUGUUUGAUAAGGACAUCUAUGACAAUAUGGAUAAAUAUGUAUCACCAACAGCUGUGGGGGAAGCAUUCCCAUACAUUGAAAAGUUCUUAUUAAUUGAUGGGAGAUUCAUUCAAAAUAAUUUCUUACAACCAAUCCCAAUGGAUUUCUUAACUGAUUCUAAAAAUAAUGUUCGUCAACUUCUGGCACAACAAAAGGAUGAAGUUUGGUUUGGAGUUGGUACUUCACGUGAUGAGGAUGACGUUGAAAUUGGUGAUGAGGAUGAUGAAUUAGAAAGUUAUGGGGAUUCCGAGUUUGAUGAUGAAGAGUAUGUUUAUGAUCAACAACAGCAAUCAUUACAACAGCAACAACAACAUUUACAGCAACGUCCAUAUACACAACAACAACUACAAGGACAACAAUUACUUGACCAACAAGUACAUUUGCAUCAUCUUCAACAGCAUCAGCAAUUACACCACCAUCAAUCGAAUCAUAUGAUUGAUAUGGAUCCAUUUAUGGAUGGGGAUUAUAUGCUCCCACCUGGACCAGGGGGUGGUAUGGGUGCAAACCAAGCCACUUCAAGUGGAACCGUAUCAUCUUACAAGUCCUUAGAAGGAAAUUUAGGUCAUCGUAUGGAUACAAAUAUUACUUAUAUUACGUUAGAUACGAAUAUUUGGCUUAAACAUUGUGGGAGAAUUUUUAAAUGUAUUAGAAAUGGAAUAUUUAAAAUUCUGAUCCCACUAAUUGUUUUCCAAGAACUUCGAUCUUUACGGAAAUCUGCUGAAGCUACGAUUGCAGAUUCUGCGACCCGAUCGGUAAUUAUUAUUAGAGAAUUGUAUCUCAGUAGAGAAAUUCUACCCCUUAGAUUUGAUGGUACUGUUGCAUCAGACAUCAAUGAAACCACAGAAUUUGAAAACAAUUCUAAUUGGAGAACCAGUGUUGAUGAAACCAUUCUUAAUUCUGUCAAUGAACAUGAUGAAAUAGGAAAGAAGUUAUUAAAGGGGUUAAAUGUACCUUUACAUAAUACUGGAGAUAAUUCUACACGAGUCUUGCUAGAUGCCAAACUGGCCAAGAGUUUCAGUUAUUGUGUUUUAAUUACUGAUGAUCGUAAUAUGAGAUUACGUGCAAAGACUAUUGGACUCACCAGUUUCCAAAGCAGAUGGUUAUUUGCCAUUUUAGAAAAUAUUUUUGCAGACAAGUGCAUCGAUUAGAGGAUAGAUCUGGUUGGCUAACCUCCACAAAUGAAUUGCAUGAAUGGCAAAAAAAAAAAUUAAAAAAAAAAAAAGAAAGAAAGAAAUGCAGACUGUUCUAUCUUUGACAUGGAAUCGAGAUCUAGUCUCCUUUUCUUUUAAAUUAAUAUAUAUAUGGGUCAUUGUACCUUUUACUUAGCAUUCAACAUGAAUAUACAUAUUUCAGCAUG